AUGGCCGCGGGGUGUGCAGUAUCCGCCCAAGAGACCAACGCCGACUUCCUGAUCCAAAAGACGUUCACGGAUGGCACGAAACGCUACACCAUCAGCGCACAAUCGGGUCAGGAUGCGAACGCCAACGACAUUCUUACCGAUCUAACGUGUCCGGGUUACAAGGAAAUUUACAGCCAAUUCUCGUCGCUGCUCGAGAUGGUGGUGCUUAGUGUGGCCACGAUGCUCGAUGCCACCAAUUUCACUAUCAAGGACGGCUAUGGACAAGUCGUCUCUAGCCGUAAACUCAUGACGGAUGCCGUCCGUCUUGACCACUUUCACGCCUACGAGACGCCUUCUCAGCGCAGGCUUAUGACUGCGUUCUCUGGCACCGAUACGAACUCCUCGGCCGACAUCAACUUUACGUUCGACCUGCACGAGGACAACGGUAUGUUUAUUGUGUUUCCGACGCCUGCUUUCUAUAAAGUAAGUGACAACGGCUUUAACCACAAGUUUGAGUCAGUGUUGCCCUCCGGCAUAAAUGGUUUGGAAGUGGGCUUUUUCAUUCAGACCCAUGACGGUCAACUCGUGGAACCUAUUUUAAAACCCGACUACGUGACACUCAUGGUGGGCACGGAGUUUAACCAGUGGAUGCUUUCGUCGCAUCAUUUGCCGACCGUGACGCAUGCCAUGCGCAUGCUGAAGAUUGAUAUGAUGCCGACACAGCUACUGAUUCGCGCAUGGUUUGGCAAGAUGACGUUGCUGCCGUCUUACCAGCACGGGCUGGGAAAGAUGGAUUAUGAAGCACACAUGAAUGCGUCGGCGCAUUACGUGCAACAGGGGCAUGAAUUGAAUCAUUACAAUUUAAGAUGUGCGCCUGGUCGUAGAUUGACGAGUACGAAAGUGAAUCCUUUUUGCUAUGUUCGAUCGUGCAGAACCUUACAUCCAGACAACGCUGAUGAUGAGGGCUGCAAUGCAUUGUGCAACACGCAUCACGAUAUUGAACAAUCUAGAUGCUACAGUUGGUGUAGCUGUGGUUUUGAUGGAAUAGGUAAUACGGAAUGGCAUUUUUGUGCGCUGAUUCCGCGUGCAAAAGCUUCUACACCACAAGUCGCGCCAUAG